AUGGCUGCUAAACAUUCUGCAACCCGUCUUUCCCAAUCCUUUCUUUCGAGUUCUCGGUCAACCAUCCUCUCUCGACCUCGGCUAUGGCAUCAGGCCUGCUUGGCCCAAGGCCAGAGACAUUUCUCCGCCAGCGGACGUCGCAGAAUAAUGGAGAUGAGUGGUUUCUCUGAGGAGCAACUGACUGUACGCGAUGCGAUUCAAAAAAUUUGUGCCCAGUUCCCAAAUGAGUACUGGCAACAACACGACCAGUCGGAGACCGACCCCAAAGAACUGCAUGCGGCUUUAGCCGCUGAUGGCUGGCUCGGGAUAGCACUUCCUGAAGAGUUUGGAGGGGCCGGGCUCGGGAUUUCGGAAGCGACCAUGAUGUUGCAGACGAUAUCACAAUCGGGAGCCGGCAUGGCCGGUGCGCAAUCUAUUCAUGCCAAUGUCUACGCCACACAACCGCUGGCUCGCUUCGGCCAUCAAGAACAACUGAAAUCGACGAUACCUAAUAUCAUCAAUGGCAAAUGGAGAGUAUGCUUCGGCGUGACCGAACCUAAUACCGGUCUCGACACGUUAAGACUGAAGACGACCGCCACGCGAAAGGGCGAUAAAUAUAUCAUUACCGGACAAAAAAUAUGGAUCACGUGCGCCCAGGUGGCCUCGAAAAUGAUUCUCCUGGCCCGAACCACGCCUCUGGAGGAGGUAAAGAAGCCCAGUGAAGGCCUAUCCAUGUUUUGCAUUGACAUCGACCGAUCCAACCCCGCCCUCGAACUGAAAAAGAUCAAGAAGAUGGGAGGACGGGCCGUUGACGCCAAUGAAGUCUUUUUCGAUCAUUAUGAAGUGCCUGAGAACACGCUGAUCGGAGAGGAGGGCCAAGGAUUCAAAAUCAUUCUUCACGGGAUGAACGCCGAGAGAUGUCUUCUUGCCGGCGAAGCCCUGGGCCUGGGCUAUGCCGCAGUGGAAAAGGCUGCGCAGUACGCCCGAGAGAGGGUUGUUUUCGGCAGGCCGAUUGGAAAGAAUCAGGCGAUCGCCCACCCUCUGGCAGAUGCGUAUAUGAACCUUGAAGCGGCAAAGUUGGCCUCGUAUCAUGCGGCACGAUUGUACGACCGAAGCAAAACAGACAGCGGCAUCAGCCAACACGCUGUCGGUGUAGCGUGUAAUAGUGCCAAAUAUCUGGCCGCAGAAGCAGCUUUCCGAGCCUGUGAAAGGGCAGUCAUGAGCCAUGGAGGGAUGGGUUAUGCGAUGGAAUACGAUGUCGAGAGGUACCUGCGUGAAUGUUUUGUUCCACGGAUUGCCCCUAUCAGUCGAGAGAUGAUAUUGAAUUUCGUGAGCGAGAAAGUAUUGGAAUUACCGCGAAGCUAUUGA